UCACAUUCUCUCACAAACGCAUUGUCGUUUGGUUUGCCUCUUCUUCUCUCUCAUUCCAUCCAUAGAGAGAAUUUGUUUUUCCCCAAAAGACCCAAAAGAUGCAAGCAAUAGAUGAGAAAAACAAUCUCUACCAUCGUUGUUUCCAAUCUAAUGUUUCGAACUCCGAGUCUUCAACUCCACAAGCCCCAAAUCAAUCAGGUUUGCUCUCUCCUCUCUGUCUUCUCUCUCUUUACUUCAAAACAUCAUUUGUUCACCGCAUUAUCUGAAGUGCCAAAACCACCGACACCAUCAUCAUCUACACACAGAACAAACGAUACCUGCAUAGAUUUGUCUUCAAUUAACACUUCUGGUAUUGCUAAAUCAGUCCUGUUGAGAUGUUCACAUCUUGGGGACAAGAAAGUAGACACCUUUGCUAACCCUUCUCUCAGAGAACUGCUUUUCGAGUUGUCUGAUUUAAGCCCUGAAAUUACCCGUCGAUUUCGGAGAGUUUCUGAGUUAAAACCCGAGGAUGUUCUCGAAAUAUUACUGGGUUUUCAAUUUUAUAGUGGGGAGAUUGAAAAUGAAGCUAAAAAGAUCGAGUCUUUAUGGGGAAUUUUCAAAUGGGCUAGUGGCCAAAGUAGGGAUUUUAAGCAUCUUCCUCGGUCUUGUCAGGUCAUGGCCACAAUGCUGGUCCGAGGUGGGUUAUUUGAGGAAGUUGAAUUUUUGCUUUCAACAAUGGACAGUAAAGGAAUUCCAAUGGAUAAUAAUGAAAUUUUCAGUAAUUUAGUUGAAGGGUAUGUUGGUGCUGGUGAUUUGAAAAGGGCUAUGUCAAUACAUGAUCGAAUGAGGAGGCAAGGUUUAGUCCCAUCAGGGUCUUGUUAUCGUGUUAUUCUUGCUUUUUUGGUUCAGAUGAAAGAAACCCAAUUAGUGUUUCGAGUUUAUAUGGAUAUGGUGGAAAUGGGAUUAGGAAUGAGUGGAGCAGAAAUGGAUAGUUUUGAGAAUGUUAUUGAUUUACUAUGCAGGGAUGGAAAAGUUCGGGAAGCCAGAAAUCUUGUUAAGAAGUUGACUGCUUUUGGAAUGGAACCUAGUAAUUUAGUGCUUGAUGCAAUUGCAAGUAAAUAUUGUGAGAAGAAGGAUUAUGAUGAUCUACUGAAUUUAUUUUUUGAGAUCAAGUGUGCACCUGGUGUUGUAGUUGGCAACAAGAUUAUAUUUUCUUUGUGUAGAAAUUUUUCCAUAGAAAGAGCAAAUUUGUUCAUUGAGGAACUGGAAUGUUUAGGUUUCAUCCCUGAUGAAAUAACUUUUGGUAUCUUAAUUGGUUGGAGUUGUCGUGAAGGGAAACUGAAGAAUGCUUUCUUUUAUUUGUCAGAGGUUUUAUCGAGAGGCCUCAAACCUGAUGUACAUUCCUAUAAUGCUCUUAUUAGUGGAAUGUUCAAGGAGAGCAUGUGGAAACACGCCCAAGACAUUCUUUGUGAAAUGGAUGAUCAGGGAGUAACACCUAAUAUGGCAACUUUCAGAGUUCUCUUAGCAGGAUAUUGUAAAGCUAGACAGUUUGACGAAGUGAAAAUGGUGGUUUGCAAGAUGGUGGAUCAUGGUUUGAUCCAAAUAUCUUCACUAGAGGAUCCCAUCUCCAAAGCAUUUACUAUCCUGGGGCUCAAUCCCUUGGCUGUAAAGGUGAGAAGGGACAAUGAUGUGGGAUUCUCGAAAACAGAAUUUUUUGAUGCCCUUGGGAAUGGACUUUAUUUAGAGACAGACCUAGAAGAAUAUGAUAAGACUAUGAGUGAUGUUCUCGAAGAUUCCGUGGUUCCUGAUUUUAACUCCCUUGUAAUGAAGCAUUGCAGUGAUGGAAAACUUAAAACUGCAUUGCUGAUGGUAGAUGAAAUGGUUCGCUGGGGGCAAGAACUGUCUUUGUCCGUCUUCUCAACAUUAGUGAAAGGGCUUUGUGCUUCCUGUCGCUGUAUCAAGGCAAUCACCGUUCUCUUAGACAAAAUGCCGAAGUUGACUAAUCAGCUGGACCAAGAAGCUCUCAAUUUGCUUGUCCAAUCACUUAGCACAAGGGGAUUAAUAAACAAGGCAAGGAUAAUAUUUUAUGGAAUUGUCCAACGGCAUUUGGAAAUCAGGGAUGAGACGUAUACUGCUAUGAUAACGGGUUUAUGCAAGAAAGGAAGCUUGAGGGAGCACCUCGAUUGCUGGGAACUUGCUCGACAAGAUAAAUGGUUACCUGCGUUAAAGAAUUGGAAGGCUAUUAUGGAUUGUCUAUGCCAGCAAGAAAUGCUCAAGGAAACAAUGGAACUUUUUGAAAUAGUGAUGGCGGCCUACCCUAACUUAAGAUUGGAUAUUUGUCAUGCUUUCCUUGAAAGGCUUUGUGGUACGGGGUUUACGAGCACUGCACAUGUUUUGGUGGAGGAACUUCUAACACAGGGCUUUGUCUUGGACCACAUGGCUUAUAGUCAUCUUAUAAGAGGUUUCUAUACGGAGAAGAAGUUCUCGAAAGCUCUUAUGGUAUUCGAUAUUAUGCUAGCUAAGAACUUGACUCCAAGCAUGGAUGUUGCUGUUCUGUUGAUUCCUCACUUGUGUAGGGCUGGUAAUUUUGAGAAAGCUGUCACUUUGAAAGAGAUUGGCUUGAGAGAGCAAUACUCUGAUUCACUUUCUGUCCACUGCGCUCUGAUAAAUGGGUUUUCUAAGACAGGGAAGGUUGAAGAAGCAGUCAAUCUAUUCCAGGAUAUGUUGUUGAAGGGCUUACUCCCAGGUACUGAAUUUUAUAACAUGUUGGUUCAAGGGUUUUGCCAAGCUAGAAAUUCGAGGAGAGUUGGGGAGCUACUCGGCAUCAUGGUACGAAAGAACUUAAGCAUUUCAAUCUUGAGUUACCGUAAUUUGGUGCGUUUUAUGUGUAUGGAGGGAAGGGUCCCUUUUGCAUUAAGCAUGAAAGAGCUUAUGCUUAAAGAAAGCAACCCUCCCUAUCUCACCAUUUAUAACAUUCUGAUUUUCCGUCUUUUCUCAACUGGGAACAUUUUGAUUGUGGAUACCCUUCUACAUGAACUUCAGGAGAAGGGAUUGCAACUCGACACAGUCACUUAUAAUUUUCUUGUGUAUGGUUAUUCGCGUUGUAAAGCCGUGUCACGUUCGCUGCAGUAUCUGAAUGCUGCCAUGCUUAAAGACCUUAGGCCGAGUAAUUGCAGUUUGAGAAAAGUAAUAAGCUGCCUGUGUUGUGAAGGGGAGCUUGGAAAAGCCUUGGACUUGAGUCGAGAAAUGGAAUCAAGAGGUUGGAUUCAUGAUUCAAUCAUUCAAAAUGCAAUCGCCGAGGGCCUUCUUGCUCAAGGUAAGCUUCAAGCAGCAGUAAAUUUUUUGGACCGGAUGGUAGAAAAGGGUCUAAUUCCUGACAAUAUCAAUUACGAUAAUCUAAUUAAGCGGCUCUGUAGGUAUGGAAGACAAGAUAAGGCUGUUGAGCUUCUAAACAUAAUGUUGAAGAAAAAAAACAUCCCAAAUUCUACCAGUUAUGAUGGCAUAAUCCAAGGUUUCUGUUCAAGUCAUAAAUUGGAACAAGCUCUAGAUUUGCAUACCGAGAUGUUGGAUAGAAGUCUUAAGCCAAGCGUCAACACUUGGAAUGCGCUUAUCCAAAGCUUCUGCUACGAUGGACAAAUUGCAGAAGCAGAAAGGGUAAUGAAUUUUAUGGUUCAAAUAGGUGAAACUCCAACCAGGGAGAUGUAUUGCUCUGUGAUUAACAAGUGCCGCGCUGAAAACAACCUCAGCAAGGCAUCAGAGUUCUUACAAAAGAUGCAGCAAAAUGGUUAUGAACCUGAUUUUGAGACUCACUGGUCUUUCAUUAGCAACUUGAGCAAUUCCGGGGACAAGGACAACAGCAACAGCACUCGUCCCUUUCUAGCAACGCUUCUUUCUGAAAGUGGAUUUUCUCGGAAAAAAGUCCCCAAGAACAAACCACGGUAACAAAGCAUAACUGAAUCUGUGGUUGGUAGUUGUUAUCACUUCAUAUUUAUUUUUCCAUGUUCGUGCCUUCUGAGGAGCUUCUUAGUUUGGUUCUCUUUGCGGAUUAGUCCAUUGGUAGUUUUACUUUCCCCCUAUAAUGAGUUCGCUGAUCCCAGAAGAUCUGUACAUCACAUUAUAUGUAUAUUGACGUAUAAUUGGGAGUGCUACACAUUUCUUUCUGAUUCUCAAAUUUUGCCAAUAUCUUUUUCCUUUUUAUGUUGCAAGGAAUGUAAUGUUCUUGGGGAUACCUUUUCCUUCCUUUCUUCACCUCUCCUGCAUCUGAUUAUACAUAUACAUUUUUGUAAAUAUACAAUGUUGUGCAUUGUCAUAUUAAAGGCUUGGUUGGUCAUCUUUGCCCGGAUGUUUAUAGAACGAGAAGAUUGAUGCUAGGUUGACUGAAAUUCUAUAUUUCUCCAGAUGGAACGAGGUCUGGUAGGUUUCUUUUUCUUGUUGCUACUGUACUUUUUGGAAUAUAAGUUUGUUAUCGUUGAGUC